AACUUUAUUAAUUCUUUACGAAUAGGAAAAAAUGAAACAACGUAACUUAUUCCUUGCAGUUAGGAUGUGUCUAAACAGAAGCCUUGUAGUUGAAUGCACAAGGGUAAUAGCCAUAGUCACCAUGAGCAGAGGCUAGGAUGAGGGGUCAGUGCUUCUUGAAUCAUCCUGUUAGCAUCAGCUACCUGUUACAGCAACGCAACUUAGACCCUGACAGGCAGAUGAUGAGAAAGCAGCAUUUUAUAGCUCCCAUUGUAUUUGUGAAUCACAAAUGACUCACUUAGAACUGAGCUGUAAAAGUAAGGUGCACAUCUGCAACUGUCUUGUGAGGCAUUGCUGUGUAAUGUCUGUGGGAAAGCAAAAUGCUCUGAGGCUUGAAAAUCCAUCGACUGGUCUGCAUUGAGCCUGCACAUUUAUAUCUUAACUUUUUCCUUUUCCAGUGGGACGAUCAUGUGGACGUAAUCUUCUGGUUCCAAAUAACAUCCUUGGAAACAUGGAUGAAUUAGUUGUCCUUGACCUACUGAACUGUCCAGUCUGUUUGGGAAAAUUGAAUGCCACUGCCAAGGUGUUGCCAUGCCAGCAUACCUUCUGUCAGCCAUGCUUACAGCGGAUAUUGAAAGCCCGGAAAGAGCUGAGAUGUCCAGAAUGCAGAACCCCAGUAUACUGCAGCAUAGAGGAGCUACCGGCAAACUUGCUCUUGGUCCGUCUUCUGGAAGGCAUAAAGAGUGGGCAAGGCCUGGUGAGAAAGAACUCCUUUCAACGAGUGGGAGGACUGUUUACCCAGGAUUCUUUUCGGAAGGGUCGAGAACAGAAGACAAAUCAUGAAUCUUCUUAUAGACUGUUUCCAAAGACAAGAAUGCCUACAGAAGGGGUGCCAUGUGCUAAAGCUGUGUCAAGCUACAGAGGACAAACCCCAUGUGACCUUUCCUUUAGUAAAGGAGACAUUAUUAUCCUGCAUCAACAGCUGGAUGACCACUGGUAUCAGGGAGUAGUAAAUGGGGAAUCUGGUGUGUUUCCAGCAAGAUCUGUGAACAUUUUACGAAAAAUAGACAAGCCUCCAGCUCUUUGCAAGGCUUUGUACAACUUUGAAUUGAAGGACAAUGGCAGAGGAGAAAACAAGAACUGUUUGAAAUUUGUAAAGGACGAUAUAAUCAAUGUAAUCCGACGAGUAGAUGACAACUGGGCCGAAGGCAAGUUGGGUGAUCAAGUAGGAAUUUUCCCACUUCUCUUUGUAGAGCUAAACAGCACAGCCAAGCAACUGCUGGAAUUAAACAAAGCUAAAAGAAAAGAUGUAAAGAAUUUGCCUUUUUCUUCUCCACUGAGGAAGUCCCCCUCAAAUGUUAAGUCUUCUGAACCAGAAACAAUGCGACGAUUACCAGAUGGAAGACGAAAGACCCCCAGGCAGUUCGUUCUUACCAGUGCUCUAAAUGCAUUAAACAGAAUUGUACAUUCUCCGUCGGGUAGACAGACUCCAGAGAUCAGCAACCCCAUACUGAUCAGCUCAAGUAACACAGCCCUAAUUGAGAAGGCCAGGUAUUUACCAAGCUCGCAAAAUCAGGUCAAUGAUUCAUUUUAUUAUGCCACACUUGGACCACAGGGGACAGGACCCUCACUGGUGGCAUUCCCAAGUUCUCAUCAGAGUAUUCUAGCUAAUAUGUGUGUAGCUUUUUAUCCAUACACAGCUCAUGGUCCAGAUGAGAUAGACCUCCAAAAGGGAGAAGGUGUCCGUGUCUUAGGGAAAUUCCAAGAAGGCUGGCUACGUGGGGUUUCACUAGUUACUGGAAAAAUUGGAAUCUUUCCAAGUCAUUGUGUUAAACCUGUGUACAGAAACUCAGCAAAAUAUCCUGAUCCAAGGCUACCUUCUCAUCAGAGCAACUGGAUCUCAAGCAAUGCCUCAGUCUCCUCACAGGGCAGUGUGUCCGAAACUGGUAUAACUAGACCUGUUAGGUCUUUCUUUGUGCCAACUGCUGUAGUGGAACCAGUGAAAAAGAAUUCACCUAACCCUUCAGCUCUUGUACCUACUCUUCACCGAAGGCAUGGCAGCUUCAAAAAAAGUAUACCUCCCCAGAAGAUUGUACAAACUAACACAACAUCACCGGCUGUAAGCACCCUGAGUAGACCAUCAUCAGGCAUUGUUCAACCUCAACAGCUGUUCAUCAAUGCUACUUAUUCCAACGUAGGAGCCAGCCCUGAUAUCCGAGUGAGGCCCAGCUCAUUGUGCGAUGUUUUGCCCCUCUAUAGUAGGCCAGUGGAUUAUAGGAGGUACUCUGCUGCCAGUUCAAUCGCUUUUGAGGCCAGAGAGUUCCCAGUUAAAAUUGAUUCACCAUCAAAACCACCAGCCUCUGCUCCUCCUUCUAUACUGGUGAAGCCAGACACAAAUAAAAGUAGUUCGGACAAGGUGAAGACUGUAAGAUUCAUGAAUUUUAGUCCACCUACAUUGAAACGUCAGAAUUCUCAUUUUGAUGACAAAGUGGAGCAGUUAUCCAACCAGCCAGCCAAGCCAGAGAACUCCUCAACACCAGACACUAUGUUGACUAUCCCUCUAAGAUCCAACCCAAGCUCAGCUCAGCCAGCAGAAGGUCGGAAAAUCCAGAAGCUGAAGAAUGCAUGCAAUGACCUAACUCCACAAUCAACCUUGUCUUUUCCCAACAAAAAACCUCUAAGUGAUAACUCAAAUAGGUGGAGUGCAAUACAUCAAACCCAGGAUGUCCUGUCAUCUUAGCGCCUCUGCCUUGAGCUCUGCUUUUUUCCUUGCUUGGCACGUUAAAUUAGAUUCUGUGUCUGAGAUUUUCUCUAUAAUUUUUUCAUCAAUCCAUUUUGUCAUUUGAGACAGAGUUACUAUGACAAACAAAGGAUCACUGACACCUUCAAUUAUGAAUGUCUCUUUUACCCCUUAUUCUUAUUAUCAAGACAGGUUUGUGUCAGACAGCCUGUCAUGCUAUUCGCCAUAUGAAGAUAUAUAGCGGAGAUUUUUGACACGUUGACUGUGUUAUUUUUCUCUUUAGGAAAUAAGGUCACUUACUCAACAAAGUGAAAGACAGAAACGAGUUUGAUGUUCCCUUCCAUAGCUUAAAGGGGUACUCCGGCCCUGAGACAUCUUAUCCCCCCAAUCUUGUAUUCGCCACCCACCUGUUUGAGCUGUAUGCCGUGGUGCCAGCUCUUAAAUAGCCGGGUGGCAACCACGGGGCCGGAGUAUCGUGACGUUACGACUCCGGCCCCGUGUGAUGUCACCCCCCGCCCCUGCUAUGCAAGUCUAUGGGAGGGGGCAUGACGGGAUGCUUUUAGUUUUUUUUUUUUUUUGCCUUGCACUUUUAUUGUAAAUAUUAUUGUUUUGUUUUACUGACUAUGACUAACACUGACUAUGCUGGUCGGGGUCUAUAGCACUGUGUAACAGCACGUCUCCAUGCCUCCUUAUUACACCGUGUGAUGACUGAACUCUACUAGAUAUCUUGUAAAAUGCCCAUAACUGUAUGUACUGUACAUUAGUAACAGUGUUAAUAAGGAAAGGCUGCCAUCCCUUCAAGCCUGCCAUCUUAGACUCUAGAGGUGUCUGGCAGCCAUCUACUACACACACGUGAUAGGUGAAGUUUAUGGUUAGCUUCAUCUGAUCUAUUUGCAUUGAUUUACAUGUAAUGAUUUUUGUAGAAAUAAUGACUGAUCAUUUGGUCAAAAAUACUUCGGCCCAUCAUUAUAUGAACAGAACAGCAGAUACUUCAUUACUACAGUUGGAUCAUGUAAGAAGUGGAGGCAAUAUAAAGCUAUUAUGGGGGAUAGCAUAGACUUGUUCUGCAACAAUAGUAUCUUUUUCUGUUAUACUCCAAUAUAUUUCUUAUAUCUUGUCUGAAGUCACAAACAAUGUCGGCUUGUAUAGUAUACUUGAUGUGUAAAUCUGGCCUCUUAUAUGACAGUGCUUAUAAUAUGGUAGUUCUCAACUCUAAAUGGUCCCCCACAUUACACCAUUGUCCUCUCUUUUACAUGACUUUGCAUGCAAGCAUAUAGGAAAAGGUCAGUGAAGAUUACAAAGGCUGCUGCUUUUCCUUGGCGACAUCUGUUAUAUAUACACUGCUCAGAAAAAUAGAGGGAACACUUAAACAACACAAUGUAACUCCAAGUCAAUCACACUUCUGUGAGAUCACACUGUGCACUCAGGAAGCAACACUGAUUGGCAAUCAAUUUCACAUGCUGUUGUACAAAUGGAACAGACAACAGGUGGAAAUUAUAGACAAUUAGCAAGACACCCCCAAUAAAGGAGUGGUUCUGCAGAUGGGGACCACAGACCACUUCUCAGUUCCUAUGCUUCCUGGCUGUUGUUUUGGUCCCUUGUGAAUGCUGGCGGUGCUUUCACUCUAGUGGUAGCAUGAGAUAGAGUCUACAACCCACACAAGUGGCUCAGGUAGUGCAGCUCGUCCAGGAUGGCACAUCAAUGUGAGCUGUGGCAAGGUUUGCUGUGUCUGUCAGCGUAGUGUCCAGAGCAUGGAGGCACUACCAGGAGACAGGCCAGUACAUCAGGAGACGUGGAGGAGGCCAUAGGAAGGCAACAAUCCAGAAGCAGGACCGCUACCUCUGCCUUUGUGCAAGGAGGAGCAGGAGGAGCACUGCCAGAGCCCUGCAAAAUGACCUCCAGCAGGCCACAAAUGUGCAUGUGUCCACUCAAACGGUCAGAAACAGACUCGAUGAGGGUGGUAUGAGGGCCCGACGUCCACAGGUGGGGGUUGUGCUCACAGCCCAACACCGUGCAGGACGUUUGCCAUUUGCCAGAGAACACCAAGAUUGGCAUAUUCCCCACUGGCACCCUGUGCUCUUCACAGAGGAAAGCAGGUUCACACUGAGCACAUGUGACAGACGUAACAAAGUCUGGAGACGAAGUGGAGAAUGUUCUGCUGCCUGCAACAUCCUCCAGCUGACUGCCAUUAGGUACAGAGAGGAGAUCCUCAGACCCCUUGUGAGACCAUAUGCUCGUGUGGUUGGCCCUGGGUUCCUCCUAAUGCAAGACAAUGCUAGACCUCAUGUGGCUGGAGUGUGUCAGCAGUUCCUGCAUGAGGAAGGCAUUGAUGCUAUGGACUGGCCCGCCCUUUCCCCAGACCUGAAUCUGAAUGAGCACAUCUGGGACAUCAUGUCUCACUCCAUCUACCAGCACCACAGACUGUCCAGGAGUUGGCUGAUGCUUUAGUCCAGGUCUGGGAGCACAUGCCUCAGGAGACCAUCCGCCACCUCAUCAGGAGCAUGCUCAGGCAUUGUAGGGAGGUCAUAUUUCCAUGUGGAGGCCACACAUACUACUGAACCUCAUUUUGAUUUGUUUUAAGGACAUUACAUCAAAGUUGGAUCAGCCUGUAGUGUGGUUUUCCACUUUGAUUUUGAGGGUGACUCCAUAUCCAGACCUCCAUGGGUUGAUAUAUUUGAUUUCUAUUGAUAAUGUGUGUGAUUUUGUUGUCAGCACAUUCAACUAUGUAAAGACGAAAGUAUUUCAUUCGAUUAGUUCAUUCAUUCAGAUCUAGGAUGUGUUAUCUUAGUGUUCCCUUUAUUUUUUUGAGCAGUGUAUAUGUCUAUUGACAUCAGCAGUCAAGCUGAUGCUUCUGAUGCCUGUUUUUUUUUAACCCCCUAAAUGUCACGUCCAAUAGCAAUCAUGACAAUUAGGAGGUUGUCUGGCAGGUGGCCACCCUUGCAGUGCAAUCACUAGGUGCCGAUUUGUUACCAUGAGUAGUGGAAGUGAUGAUAAGUGAAGAUUGACAUUACAAAGUAUAAAUAUAUGUUGUACAAGACGAGGGACAAAAAAAAAGAAAUGUACAAAAUUAAAACUGGAUGCGUACUCAGGAUUAAAGGUUAAUGAUGUAGUCCCAUUACCGAACUGUGGUUUUACUCCUUGUACAACCUGUGGCUGAGAGCAUCUCAAAUAGUUGGCUCUGUUGUGGCUGCUUGAUUUACACUAGAACCAUGAUUUCCAAACUUUGGUCCUCCCAGAUGUUGCAAAAAAAAAAAAAAAAAAACUACAACGCCCAGUAAGUCCAGAGUUGUGGUUUUGCAAUGUCUGGAGGGCCACAGUUAGAAGACCAGUGCACUAGAACACUGUUGAAUUAUAGGUUUUAUUCUUGUCUGAAUGUAAUAUUUGGCCUUGUAAUAAAAUCAGAAGCUGCAUUUGGGGCCCCCAUAAGGUGGCAUGUUGACCACUACUUAUGUAUUCUAAAUAUGCUGCCAAUUUUGCUAUUAUGCACUUAAUAUUUAGAAAGAAUUAUGAUCUUCCAUUUAUGGUAUUUAUGAAAUUUUUCUGAUGAUAAAAAUCACAUGAAUUUAUGAAUGUAUAGUAUGUUAUCGCUACUAAACUGCACGUCAGUAUUGACUUUUUAGUAAAAAUAAA